AUGUUUUCUGAUGAGACAGAAAUUAGCAAACUUAUACGAGCUAGUAAAGAUGUUGAGAAUGUUGGAAGUGUUUUGGAUGCAUCCGCGGCAGAAUCUAGGAAAAUGCAAAUUCAGAAAUCAAAAUAUCUUGGAGGUGAUAUGGAACACACCCAUUUGGUUAAGGGCCUUGAUUAUUCGCUUUUGAAUAAAGUAAGAACGGAAAUACAUGAACAACAAGUUUCUGCAAAAGAAAAGGCAUUAAAUGACCCAGUUGUUGUUUCUAACGAUCCAACACAAGCUGGAAACAAAUUAGCUCGAAAUGUCUGUAAAAUUCUAUUUGAAAACAAACUCCCUCAAAGAAAUGAACUUUUUGUGAGAGGUAGAAUGGCCUAUUUAGUUGAAUUAGAUGAAGAAGAAUCUGAUGUGCCUAGUACUUUAAUGCGUUCAGUUGUUGAUUCUUCUGCAGAUCAGACGAUUGAAAAUAUUAAUGCCGAUAAUGUGCUUAUAAAUAAAUUAUCUCAAGUGUUGGUCUACCUUCGGACUGAUCUUAAGAAAAAGAAGAAAACUGGAUUUGAACGUGACCUACCUCAACAUCAAGAAUCUACUAGUAUUUUUGAAGGUUUAGAUGAUUAUGUUUCGUCAAAUAAAAAUGAUGAAAAAAGAAAUGGGGAUAUUAGAAGGCGACAAAGAGAAGGGGAAUCUUCUUCAGAUCAAAGGAAAAGUUAUUUUUCAAGCACAGACGGAGAAAGAAGUCGUGGACGUGAUGAUCGUAACUCUGCAAGAGACAGAAGGCCAGAAAGAAGAAGAGAACGCGAUGAAGAUGAAAGACGUGAAAAAGAAAAAUUAGAAAAGGAAAAACUAGAAAAAGAAAUUUUAGAUAAGGAAGAGAUGUUGCAAAAAAAGAGACGAAAAUUGGAACAAGAAGAUGCUUAUGCUGAAUUUUAUCCGGGUGGUCUUGGUAUGAUGGACGCAGGUGGGGAGAGCGAUGACGAUGACUUUUCACAAAUGGAUCAGCCUAGUCGAUUACAUAUUGUUAGGAUAUUUUGCGAAGAAAAUUUUUUUCUUUGCAAUGCCUUUAGACUAUAUUUCAGGGCAAUUUCAUCUUUACAGACAAUUGGCAAUCGAAAAUCUCAAAUAAAACGUUGGGACUUUGACACUCAAGAAGAUUAUGAACGUUACCAAAGUGCACGAGAAGCACACCCUCGAGCUGUUUACCAAUUUGGAGUAAAAACUAGCGGUGGAAGAAAAACACGAAAAAAUGUUUCGGCGGUCAAUGAAAAGAAAAUUGACAGAGAAUUGGAUAAAAUUAAUAAAAUUUUGGAGAGAGGAACAAACCAAAGUAUACGUUAUUAA